AUGACGGCAAGGCGGCUCAACGUCCUCGUCUACACAGGCACGGGCACAACCUCGGAAUCAGUCAGACAAUGCAUGUACUCGCUGCGGCGGCUGCUCUCGCCAAACUACGCCGUCAUCCCUGCAUCGGAAUCAGUCAUCCUGAAUGAACCCUGGCCGCCCACAUGCGCGCUCCUUGUGAUGCCCGGAGGAGCGGAUCUCGGCUAUUGCAGAGCUCUGAAUGGCCCAGGAAACCGUCGCAUCAGCGACUUUGUCCGACAUGGUGGUGCCUAUCUGGGCUUCUGCGCAGGCGCCUACUACGCCAGCAGCAACUGCGAGUUUGAAGUCGGAAACAAGCCCCUGGAAGUGGUUGGACGCAGGGAAUUGGGAUUCUUCCCCGGAACUUGUCGUGGAGGAGCAUUCAAAGGGUUCGAGUACCGCAGCGAAAAUGGGGCCCGAGCCGCUGUCCUCAGAGUCGCAAAAGACGUCUUCAAGGACAAUGUUCCGGAAACAUUGACCUCUUACUACAACGGGGGCGGCGUUUUCGUCCAUGCUGCCCAAGUCACCAGCCGCAAAGUAGAGAUUCUUGCGACUUAUGACGAACAAAUUGACGUCGACGGCGGCGACGGAAAAGCCGCCGCCGCCGUGCUCUGUCAUUUCGGUAACGGCAAGGCACUAUUAUGCGGACCACAUCCCGAAUUUGCCCCAGUCAACCUAGUCCCUCAACCUGGCAUCCCAGGCUAUGCAGAUCUCAUCAGCAAACUAAAAAAGGACGACGGCGCCCGUUUGGACUUCCUGAAGGGUUGUAUAGGCAAGCUAGGUCUCGAGGUCGGUAUCGAAACCACGCCGCCCACCCUUUCCAACCUGCACCUAUCCGCAGUGGAAAACAUUCAGGUCUCGGAGCUUCUUUGCGCAUGGGCCGAGGUCGUCAACAAGGAAAACGGUGAGGAAUACAUCAAGGGUGAAGCCGACAUGUUUUGCAUCCAAUCAGAUGAGGACGGACUCGCGGUUCAGCACUUGCGACAAGACCUUCCGGAAACUCUUGGUCGCCCUCCUGGAGAAUCCGGCAUCAUAGAUUACGGAACCAUCACAAAGAAUAUCAUCGCGCAUGUCGCAGCCUUGCCAACAAGCCAGAUGACUCCCAGGUUCAACCAUAGCCUGUACUUUUCCAGCCUAAAGCGAUUUCAAGCAAUGGAGGAUGCGGCGGAAAGCUGGGGCAACAUGCUCAUGUAUGGCGACGUCGUCACCAGCACCAACUCAUUGCUAGAGAAAAAUCCGAAGCUCAUUUCGAAGCUUCCGACUGGCUUCACCUUCUCCGCUUCGACACAGAUCGCAGGCCGGGGCCGCGGCACCAAUGUCUGGGUUGCACCACCCGGUGCCCUCAUGUUCUCUACCAUCAUAAAUCACCCGGCGUACUUGACAGCAUCUCGGCCCGCAGUAUUCAUCCAAUACAUUGCCGCCAUUGCCAUUAUCGAGGCCAUCCAGUCCUUUGGCCCGGGAUACGAGAGCCUUCCCAUCAAGCUCAAGUGGCCAAACGACAUCUAUGCACUCGAUCCCUCGAAACCCGCGUCAUCAAAGAUGCACGUCAAGAUUGGUGGCAUUCUUUCUCAAUGCGGCUAUUGUGACGGAUCAUAUCAAAUCAUUCUGGGCAUCGGCAUCAACGCAGUCAACUCACGCCCCACGACGUCCAUCUCCGAUUUAUUGCCCCCCCAAGCGCACCCACCUCAGCUGGAAACUCUUCUAGCGAGAAUAGUCACUCGUCUGGAGUCAGUCCACGCACAGUUUCGGCGCGAAGGGUUUUCGGAAGACUUGGAACGUAGAUACUAUCGCCACUGGCUGCAUACCGGACAAGCCAUCUGCUUAGAGGCAGAGGGCGGUGUAAAGGCCAGAGUCUUGGGCAUCACACGAGACUGGGGCAUGUUGAGGGCAGAGGAGACGGACGUGGAGGGUAGAGGGACAGGGAAAGUAUGGACGUUGCAGAGCGAUGAGAACAGUUUCGAUUAUUGGAAGGGAUUGAUCAGGAGAAAGCAAUAG